CCCAAUGACAAGUAUAUACAUACAGAUGAAAUAAGUCAAUUCUCCUGUUGGUGAGGUCAUGACGAUGCUAAAUUUUCUGAGUUCUUCCAAGUCCAAAUUUAUGUUCUCAACCCUUUUCCUUAUUCUGGACAAGAACCUGCUUUGGCUUAGCUUGCCCAUUUUACCCUGUUCCCUGCACACCUGGAUCUUGGAGGAAAAACCAGGUGACAAUUUGAGACUUGUUUUGACUUAGGAUUAUCCAUUGUCCAUUGACCAAGGCAGGGCUUCUAUUAAAGGCUCUAUUAAAAUGAAUUGGGCGAUGGUAGACAGAAGUGUAUUCACAUGAUAUAAACAGGACUCCAGAAUGCUUUACAACAGAUGUUCCCAGAGACAGGAGAUGGAAACAGGACAUCCAAUUGCAACAGAAGUUCCUUUGACUCGGCUGCACCAUGAGGACAUUAGUUGCUCUGCUUUCUCUGCUUCUCACUGUCCACACUGAGGGAAAUUCAAGUGGACACAGCUGGAAAUACCCAGACGGUACAGGAAAUGGGGCGUGGUCCAAUAACUUUCCAAAUUGUGCAGGAAAGAAACAGUCCCCCAUUGACAUCCAGACAAACAAAUUAUUGGAGAACAAAUUACUGGAGCCUCUAGUACUGUCAGGCUACAAAGCUCAGGAGGGACAUUUCCCGAUGAUCAACAAUGGCCACUCAGUCCAGUUGACUUUGCCAGCUGACAUGCAUAUCAUUGAAGGGCUACCCUAUAAAUUCACAGCUGUCCAGUUGCACUUUCACUGGAGAAGUACUACACAACCCCAUGGUUCGGAGCACACCAUAAAUGGAGAGCCAUCUGACUGUGAGUUACACGUUGUACACUUCAAUUCUGAGAAAUAUAAAAGCUUUGAAGAAGCCCAAGACAAGCCUGAUGGAUUAGCUGUGAUUGCUGUCCUCAUUAAGGCUAAAGAAAAUGAAGAGAAUACAUAUUAUGAACCGUUUUUUUCCUAUUUAUCCAAGAUCCAAAAUGCAGGGGAAAAUGUAACUCUGCCCUCCAUUGAUGUCCAGCAUAUGUUGCCCUGCAAUCUCAAAAGAUACUAUCGAUAUUAUGGCUCAUUGACCACUCCUCCCUGCACUGAAAAUGUCAUCUGGACAGUUUUGACAGAACACGUCUUCAUUUCUACAGGACAGCUGCAUAAACUAUUUUCACUCAAAGAUAAUUUUUCUCAUUCACUUGAAAACAACUUUCGGCAUGUUCAGCCUCUCAACGGAAGGAUAGUGGAGGCCAGUUUCCCACCUGAAGAAGCUGAAGGAAGUCAAUUUGUUCACUGCUCAAGGUCCGAGGCACGGUCCUGGAGGCGAUUUAAAAGGCAUAGAGCCAGUUCAAGGCAAAGAUCCUAGAGGUGAUUUUGGACUGUUCUGAAGAUACCAAUGAUGUUUUUUCUAAAGAAAAAAGCCUCCAAAUAAGAACCCCCAACACAAAUCAAAAACAAGCAAAUAAACAAAAAACCAAAAAAGAAAAAAAAAAAAGACACCCAAGAUACUACUCUACAGUUUUAAAAUGGCACAAUGGAGACAAUCCUUAUCAGAAGUAAAAAGAAGCAUUGAAGACAACCAUCAUUAGCCAUCAGCUUAGAUGGCAGUCCACCAUUUCCUUCACCAUAAAAACAUUGCUUGCUCUGAUUCUUUACUCAGUUUCUUCCUUAUCUAUAUAAAACUCCUUCUUGGAUUGAUAAUUUUGCAUAUUUCCUAGAUAUCUCAGUAGAACUACUAUUGCUGAAAUGAGCAGAUAAUAGAAUUAAAUUAUACCUGUAGGGAUUUAAUAGAGACAUAACUGAUGAAUUAAUUUGAAAUCAAUCACUUUAUGAAUAUCAGUUUUCUUUUGCUAAUAUCUGCUUUGAUGGAUACCAACUCUCAACCAAUCUGUGCUUCUUUUAUGUAUUGAGAUAUUAAUAAAAUAAUUUGAUGCUUAAAAA